AUUCGGCUAGUGACUUUCUCUUCGUGCAUUUAUUAUACUGAACAAGUUGAAAUCAUCUUUUCGAAACAGAGAUAAAAAUACAGACAAACCAGAAAUAAAAUCAUCCGAUUUGUCCAAACAUUUCUAAUGUUUCACAAUCUCUUUUUCCCACUCGAAUAUCGAAGUCGUCUUCAUUUAAAACUUCGGACAAAUUCGAGCUACCUGCUCGGGAUUCGGAUCGUGUUCACAGAGAAUAGGGACUUUCCUCUGUAUCGAGGCAAACUCAGGAGGCACUGGUUUCUGGUCGCGCGACGUGCUCGCAGCUCCGGUUCAGUAAUCACGGUGGGUCGCGGUGCGUUUCCGACUGAUGAGCAUUCGGGCAGAUCAACGAUCGUCCUCUUUGUGCGCGAGACUCCCCGCGAUAAGUACCUAACGACAAGUAGUAGCCGCCGUCGUGUUGCACGCGUGAGUGCUGGGGGUGAGUCGCCGGGGUGGUCGCGUGGGAGCGUCGCGCCGUCGCGACGCGUCGCGCCGCGGCGACAGUGACAGCUCCGGUGGAGCACCUGAGAAGAGAGGGUGUGGGCCCGCGACGCGGACGAUCACAGCGGGACCUUAGUGGGAGAGCUCGGAGUCGGAUUUCUCGGACACUGAGGACUCAAAUGAAUUAGGGGCCAGCGUGGGCCCCGAAAUCACCGCGAUGGACACUAUUGAUAGUGUCAACAAACGACAGGCCACUCGUGUUUUCAAGAAAUCCAGUCUCAAUGGCAAGAUUACGGUUUAUCUUGGCAAAAGAGAUUUCGUCGAUCAUAUCACACAUGUUGAUCCUAUUGACGGGGUCGUCCUGAUCGAUCCUGAUUACAUAAAGGAUCGAAAAGUGUUUGGUCACGUUCUCGCGGCAUUCAAAUACGGCAGGGAGGAUUUGGAUGUUCUCGGAUUGACCUUUCGUAAGGACCUCUAUUUAGCAGCGGAACAGAUUUAUCCGGUAGUGCAAGGAUCUCAGCCCCCCAGGGAGUUGACGCGAUUGCAAGAGAGGCUGAUCAAGAAGCUGGGCAGCAAUGCGUAUCCCUUUUACUUCGAAUUACCGCCGCAUUGUCCCGCUUCGGUUACUCUACAACCGGCACCGGGUGAUACUGGCAAACCCUGCGGCGUCGAUUACGAACUGAAAGCGUUCGUAGGUGAGACACAAGAUGACAAACCGCACAAACGGAGUUGCGUGAGGCUAGCAAUCAGGAAAAUUAUGUACGCGCCGUCAAAACAAGGAGAGCAGCCUUCGGUGGAGGUCAGCAAAGAAUUUAUGAUGUCUCCGAAUAAGUUACAUUUGGAAGCUUCCCUUGACAAGGAGCUCUAUCAUCACGGCGAGAACAUAGCUGUAAACGUGCACAUAGCGAACAAUAGCAACCGGACUGUGAAAAAGAUAAAAGUGUCGGUUAGGCAGUUCGCGGACAUCUGCCUAUUCUCCACGGCGCAAUACAAGUGUACUGUUGCCGAGGCCGAAAGCGAUAUAGGGGUAGCGCCAGGAUUCACCCUGAGCAAGGUGUUUUCUCUAAGGCCGACGCUUGCCGAGAACAAAGACAAGCGGGGUCUUGCUCUAGAUGGUCAGCUUAAACACGAGGACACCAAUCUCGCGUCUAGUACAAUGGAGGGAUGUCCGGUGGGCCCGGGUUUCACGCUGAGCAAGGUGUUCACCUUGACACCCCUUCUGGCCAACAACAAAGAUAAAUGGGGGCUCGCCCUCGACGGCCAACUCAAACACGAGGACACCAAUUUGGCGUCCAGCACUCUUGUCGUUGAUCCAGCACAACGUGAAAACCUCGGCAUAAUUGUCCAGUACAAAGUUAAAGUCAAACUCUGCCUCGGCGCUCUAGGAGGCGAAUUAGUCGCGGAACUGCCCUUCAUUCUGAUGCAUCCCAAACCGGAAGAGGAGGAACCAGCGCCGUCCACAGCUCGACCAAGCCCUACGCACAAAACUGACAGCGGGGAAGUCCCGCUCGAUACGAACCUCAUUCAAUUAGACACGGAAGCAGAUGGCGAUGAUGAUAUAAUUUUCGAGGAUUUUGCUCGUUUGAGGUUGAAAGGCGAAACAGAAGCUUGACCGUGUUCCGCAGACACUUUGACAUGUAUUGAUCAAGUGACUUUGACGCCACCAUGUCGUACACAAGACGGAAGUUGCACAAUUUCACCAAUGAUGCCAAUAGUAGCUAUGUCGCAGCAACAAACUUAAACGACGAUGUUACUGUUUAAAUUUGUUGCCGCGGGGUUAUAUCUACUUUCGAAUGUGUCAAUAACGAUAUUUUAUCGUUCUGGCACACAUAUUUUAAAAUUUAUCACAGGAAAACAGUUUUGA